CGUCGGAGAGCUUUUGCACUUCCGAUUCGGAAAUGUUGCUAUAACUGCCGGACCGACGUUGAACAUGGUCGAACUGCGUGUCGUCAAGAAUCAAGAUGGAGGCUGCAACGCUCACAGGUCUCAAUGUCUCGUAUUAAGGGACAUACAUACCACCAUUCUUACAAUGUUGAAGCAUGUUGAAAACUGAAUUCUUAUCCGCCUCCCCCUUUUUGCGGGAGACCAGUGCAGAUUUACAGUCAAAGCUCUACUCCAGUGACUCGGACACGCGCUUGGCUGGUACUUUAACGUUACCUCGGUAUUUUUUGAUAUUGAUGCCGGAGCACAUGGACGUUCCUGGCAUCUGACUCGCGAACACAACAUGACGUUGGAGACCUUCUGGAAAGCACUGGGCGCUCCAGUACAAUCUGCUGAAGAAGAAACGUUCGAGCUGUUUGCCCAAGACCUGCCUUCGCAGAGUUUAGGAUUCGUCAAUCCCAAAGCGACAACUCUCGAUAUAACAAUUGGCGGCCGGGACUUGACAAUCCACCAGUCACCAGCCGUCCUCUCGUCUAACCGUGCCGGGGGAACCACGGGAGCCGUCGUCUGGAAGAUUACACCUCUCUUUGCAGAGUGGAUUAGCUCACCCGGCACCAGCAAUCCCUUCUUCCAGCACGGCAUCCUCUCUCCGGAAUCCGUUGUCCUCGAACUAGGUUGCGGAAUCUCCGCUCUAGUCGGCCUCCUCCUGGCGCCGCGCAUCUCGCGCUACAUCCUAACGGACCAGGCCUACGUUUCCAAGCUGGUGGAGCAGAACGUCGCCGAAAACCAUGACAGUCCCAACCAAGCAAAGCCAGGCCGGUCCUUGAGGUCCACCGGCCCAGCAAAGCAGCGCGCCACCACGGCCACGAAUCCGACCGCCUCACGGAAGGGGGGAGGAGGAGGAAGGAGGGCCGGGGCAGGAGAGGACGGCAUGAUCCACUUCACCCCGCUGGACUGGGAGACGGACAAGGUAACCCCGGCGCUUCUUGCCAGUGUCGGUGAGACGGCCAGAAAGAGCUUUGAUGCCGUCAUAGCGUGCGACUGCGUGUACAACGAGGCGCUGAUCGAGCCCUUCGUCUCGACGUGCGUGGACGUGUGCGGGCUGAGGACGGGCGAAGCUGAUGGCGACGGCCAAGGUAGUGCAGAGCCUUGCGUGUGCGUGGUCGCGCAGCAGCUGCGAGAUCCUCUAGUCUUCGAGGCUUGGCUGACACGCUUUGCCGGGUCAUUUCAUACUUGGCGAGUCCCAGAUGAGUGGCUGCUUGAGGGCUUGCGGUCGAAGUCGGGAUUUGUGGUACAUGUUGGGAUGCUGAAAGACGCGGUUGAUCUGCAAGCGAUCUGA